AAGCGUAAGAGUAGCGUGUGUGAUGUAUGCACCGAGAAAGAAAGUUUUUUGGUUCGCAAUAACCACUAGAAUCGUGAUAUUAGUAUUACAAGUGAUUUUUAAUGUAUUAGUCCCCGAUCAUCAUGCAGAUGCAUUUAAAAGACCUUUAGAUUCUACAGAUCAAGUUUCCCUCUGUGAUCAAAUAAUUUAUUUUCUAUUUAAUGGUCUUACACGUUGGGAUGGAGAAUAUUUUUUACAUAUUGCAAGAUAUGGGUAUACGUAUGAGAAUACUCUCGCUUUCUAUCCGUUAUAUCCAGCUAUGAUUCGCAUUAUCGCCGUUAUUUUGACAAAAAUAUUUCCUUUAUUCAACAUCCAAAGUACAAUGAUCAUUGCUGCGAUUUUGAUUAAUUUCAUAUGUUUUGUAAAGUCGGCUAUUAUCUUUUAUGAUCUCACUAAGCGUGUAUUUCAAAAUACUGUAACGGCGUACAAAGCAGCGAUACUAUAUUGUAUAAACCCAGCUAGCAUAUUUUUCUCAGCUCUAUAUUCAGAAUCCAUGUUUGCGUAUUUAACAUUUUACACCAUGCUCGGAAGUAUCGAGUGUAUAUCUAACAUUUAUUUUCCAUUGGCUUUGUCAACUUUGGUAAGAUCAAAUGGUAUCGUCAACAUUGGCUUCCCUAUAUAUUUCAGGCUUAAAAAUUUAGUAAAUUUGGGUAAUUCAGAAAGAAUGGAAAAAACAAAUGGACAAAAACACGAUGUAUUAUCAAACUUGUGGUAUAUUUUAAAAUUAAUUAAGUUAAAAAGCUGUUUUAUCAUAUUAAGCACAAUGAUUAUAUCGCUAUCUCCAUUUGUUCUUUUACAAAUAUACAAUUAUAUGAAAUUUUGUACCUCUACAUUCGAUAAGUCGUUGUUGCCAGUUCACAUUUUACAAUAUGCCAUGGAAAAUAAUCUGAUUCUACCAGGUAAAACCGACUCAAUAUGGUGUAACGCUAGUGUGCCCUUAGCAUACUCAUAUGUGCAAAAUACAUAUUGGAAUGUUGGAUUCUUGAGAUAUUAUCAAUUCAAACAAAUACCGAAUUUUAUUUUAGCUCUCCCGAUAUUGUAUAUUACAUUGCAAUGUAUAAAAGAAUUUGCUUGUGAAUAUAGGGAUGAAUUGUACUUGUUAGGAUUUUUUGAUAGCAAAGCAAAAAGUGAAAGUGCUAUUAAAGUAAAAAAAUAUCCAUCAAGUAUGCUUGUCUUUGUAGUACAUGGAUUAUUUCUAACCAUGUUUUGCUUAUUCUUUGUACAUAUUCAAGUUAGCACACGUUUAUUAGCCUCUGCAACUCCCUUGAUAUAUUGGUAUUGUGCAUUGGCCAUGUCUCACAAAUAUGACCAUAUCGAUCAAUACGAAAGUGACGAAAAUAUGUGCUCCAAGUGGAAAGUAUUUUUUUUAUCUCAACAACGAUAUACAUUGCAAGAUAAAUUUGUAUUAUUUUACUUUGUAGGAUAUACAAUCGUAGGAUGUUUUAUGUUUUCAAAUUUCUUGCCAUGGACUUAAUAUACAUUAUACUGCAUAUAUAC